AUGACCGACUCCAAAUAUUUCACCACCACCAAGAAAGGUGAAAUAUUUGAGUUGAAAACAGAAUUGAACUCGGACAAAAAAGAAAAGAAACGAGAAGCUGUUAAGAAGGUUAUUGCUAGCAUGACUGUUGGUAAAGAUGUCAGUGCUUUAUUUCCUGACGUAGUUAACUGCAUGCAAACAGAUAAUGUGGAACUCAAGAAAUUAGUUUAUUUGUAUUUAAUGAAUUAUGCGAAGAGCCAGCCCGAUUUGGCUAUCAUGGCUGUGAAUACAUUCGUCAAGGAUUGUGAAGAUCCAAACCCUCUGAUCAGAGCUUUAGCUGUUCGAACUAUGGGAUGUAUCAGAGUUGAUAAGAUCACUGAAUAUUUAUGUGAACCUCUAAGAAAAUGCAUGAAGGAUGAGGACCCAUAUGUAAGAAAGACUGCUGCUGUUUGUGUCGCAAAGCUUCAUGAUAUGAAUCCAACUCUCGUUGAAGAGCAGGGUUUCCAUGAGCUACUCAACGAUCUGUUAUCUGAUGCUAACCCCAUGGUCGUCGCCAAUGCUGUCGCUGCCCUUUCAGAAAUUAAUGAGCAACGACCCAUCAUUGAGGUUAACAGUCAAAUGGUUAAUAAACUAUUGACCGCUCUGAAUGAGUGUACUGAAUGGGGACAAGUAUUCAUCCUCGACGCUCUCGCUGAUUACCGUCCAAAGGAUGAACGAGAAGCUCAAAAUAUCUGCGAAAGAAUUUCUCCAAGACUCGCUCAUGCUAACGCUGCUGUCGUUCUCUCUACUGUGAAAGUUUUAAUGAAACUCGUGGAUUUACUGCCCUCUGACUCAGACUUCAUUAACCAACUCACCAAGAAACUUGCUCCUCCAAUGGUGACACUUCUUUCUGCUGAGCCUGAGAUUCAAUACGUCGCCUUGAGAAACAUCAAUCUCAUCGUUCAAAAACGCCCUGAGAUCCUCAAACAGGAAAUGAAGGUUUUCUUUGUCAAAUACAAUGAUCCCAUAUAUGUGAAAAUGGAGAAGUUGGACAUCAUGAUUCGUCUUGCUCAACAAAGUAAUAUCGCUCAAGUAUUGAGUGAAUUGAAAGAGUAUGCAACUGAAGUUGAUGUGGAUUUCGUCAGAAAGUCUGUCCGAGCUAUUGGAAGAUGUGCUAUCAAGGUUGAGCAAAGCAGCGAACGUUGCGUAGCUACACUCUUAGAGCUCAUCCAAACCAAAGUCAAUUAUGUCGUACAAGAAGCUGUUGUUGUUAUCAAGGAUAUCUUCCGUAAAUAUCCCAAUCGCUACGAAAGCAUAAUCUCCACUCUGUGCGAGAACUUGGAUACUCUGGAUGAGCCUGAAGCCAGAGCUUCAAUGAUUUGGAUCAUUGGAGAAUAUGCCGAGAGAAUCGAUAACGCCGAUGAGUUGCUCGAGAGUUUCGUUGAAGGCUUCCAUGAUGAGAACACUCAAGUACAAUUACAACUUCUGACUGCUGUCGUUAAAUUGUUCUUGAAAAGACCCGCUGAUACUCAGCAAAUUGUUCAGCGUGUUCUUUCUUUGGCCACUCAAGACAGCGACAAUCCAGAUUUGAGAGACAGAGGUUACAUUUACUGGAGACUUCUUUCUGCUGAUCCAGCAGCUGCCAAACAAGUUGUUCUCGCUGAAAAACCCUUGAUUUCGGAAGAAACCGACUUGUUAGAGCCAUCGCUGCUCGACCAAUUAGUCUGUCAUAUUGGAAGUUUGGCUUCCGUCUACCACAAACCUCCUUCAUCUUUCAUUGACACAACUCGUCAACCUCUCCGUCAAGCUGGUGUUCCAUUCAAUGGAUCCACUGCUGGUGACGGAUCUUCGGUCAAUAGCGUUACCGCGAAUGCUCCUACUGUUAUUCCUUCGCAAGAUCAUGUGAUAGCAGACUUGCUUUCUCUUGAUCUUGGUGCACCAAUGGGUGGAGCUCAACCUCAACAAGCUUUCGAUGCUCCCGCUGCUGUGAGUGGAUUAGAUGAUCUUCUCGGUCUUGGAUCAUCUAGUGUUCCUGUUUCUGCCCCAGCUCCUGUUAUUGGCUCUGCCAUAGAUCCACUUGCAAGCCUAGGGCUUGGUGCCCCAAUUCAGGCUGCUCCUUCUGCACCUGCUGCCGCACCUGCUCCAGGUCUCGGUGGAUUAACGGAUAUUUUCGGUGGCUUGAGCGUUGGAUCUACCCAAAGCUAUCAGUUCCCAAGAGAGCUCUGGUUAGAAGCCCCCAAAUCUAAGGGAUUGCAUGUGGAGGGAACUUGGUACAGAAAGGCUGGCAAGGUUGUCAUGGAUAUGUCCAUCAGUAAUAAGGCAAUGCAACCACUAUCCGGAUUCGCUGUACAGUUCAAUAAGAAUUCUUUCGGAUUGAUGCCAUCGGAGCAAGUUAGUAUUCCAACUCCUGUUCUCCCAGGACAAACUAUUAAUGUGACCAUAAAUUGUGAUACGAACGGACCAGUUCAAAAGAUGGAGCCACUCACCAACUUACAGGUUUGCAAAGAUUUUGUUGAAAAAGUUGAAGUUGGAAGUUCUCUCAACCACUUGCAACAGCCUUCACCUAAGUUCAAAGGGGGAGAAUGA